AUGGGUCCUCUUGUUCGAGUGCUUAGACUUGUUGAUGGGGAGAAGAAGCCACCAAUGUGUUAUAUUUAUGAAGCGAUGAAGAAGUCUCAAUCCUCUCAUCAACUCAAGCCUCAUCCUCCUUGGAAACCAAGGAAUUUUUUCAGAGAGAAAAAUGUUCCUACAAAAGAUAAAGGCAUCAAAGAAGGGUCGCCUGCUCCAGGACGAUCAAUUAAUAUAAUCUCCUUGGACAAUCAAGCACACAGCACAAAAACUAAUGAAGAAUCUGAGGAGGAGACUACUGAAACUAGUGAAGGGACAGAUAAUUGGUCUGAAGAAGACUAUAAAGCAGAUCUUUUAGCAAUAAUCAUGGUCAAUCAUGUAGAAGAAGAAGAGGAAGAAAUAACUUCUGAAAGAGAUGAACCAACAGCUUCGUCUAGUCGUACACAGACAGGGUCUUUUGAAGUUAAAACUUCUAACAAAUGGUUCACCUUUGAUGAUAUUCCACCAGCAAGGUACAGAGAAAGGUUAAAUGAAUUCAGUGCUUGGAUUGAAACCACCAUGGCCAAUCCAAACCUUACAAGUAGCCAAGUCCUUGCAGACUUCAUAAAUCGGAUGACUGGCAACCUCCGAGAAUGGGUGAAUAACCUGUCUGAGUAUGAAAGACUCCAACUCAUCAAUGGUACCUCUUCACAGUUUCUAGGAAUAAUACACCAAGAAUUUCUGGGAGACAUUACAAUCAUUCAGAAGAGGAAUUCUCAAGAAUACUUUGAAUUGAAGUGUUGUUCACUCAAUAGAAUAGACUUGAAAAAAUACUACAAGAAAAUGGCAGCUAAAUAUUAUCCUCUUGGAGGAAAUAAUAAUCCGCCACUUAAACAAGUCUUUAUUGCAUCCCUGCCAAAUGAACUCCAGCCAGAACUACACCGAAUGAUGAUGGCUCUUCGCAAGGAAGUGGCUACUACUACCAUUGGAGAAAUAUAUCAAUUGGCUCUAGCCGCUCUUGACAAAUUGUGCGAACAACAACAAAUGUUCAAACAGCUCAGCAAAAAUUCGUGCAAACUCAAAGGAGCAUGCAGUAAAUCCUAUUUGAAGAUCAAAUGCAAGGAGUCAAGCACAUGUGAAUGUAAGCCCAAGAAAAAGACUCAUUGGCAAUCGCCUACCAAGGCAUUCCACCAAAAGGCUUUUAGAAGGGGAAGGAGAAAGCAAAAAUACCGUUAUUUCAAGAGAAGAAAACCUCAGACUAAGUCAAACAGAUGUUUCAUCUGUGGAAAACAAGGACAUUUUGCUAAGUCGUGUCCCCACAAGACAAAAAAGGAGAUAAAGAUGCUUCAGUCCUUAAUGGAUGCAGCUUCCAUUGAAGACGGAGAAGAUCUUGAAUCAGUACUUGAAGAACAAGAAGUUAAAGACAGAGAAACUGAAUAUGUUUUUCAAGACUCUGAUUCAGAAGGAGACCUUCCACCAAGAAGGUCAAUCUUUUCUAUAUCCUCCUUUGCACCACCCAUAGCCUCCAUUACUACAAAGAUUCCUAAAAGAUCAAAUUUUCCAGAAAAAGAACUUGGAUACCUUAGAUCCUUAGGAAUGAAACAGAUUGAUGGUACUCCUCGUCCCCAUUUUGAUUUAAAGGUCAAGACAUCUAUCUAUGACAAAUCCACAAAGGCUGUUGCCAGGGGCGGAGCUAGGCUAACUAUUUAG